AUGGCGGCAGUGAUCCACAUGGUGCGUCCUACAACGGCGAAGACAUUUAACGAGUAUGUGUCACUCAACAUCAUACCAUUUUUGGAGGCCCAAAUGAAGAAUAGUACCCAACGCAUCGACGCUGUAUGGGAUAAUUACCCAGAGGAAAAUAACGCUAAAGCCCUCACGCAACAACGACGCGGAAAUGGCCCACGGACAAGAGUCGGCGAUGGCAGCACUCCACUCCCGAAGCGUGAAUGGAAUAGUGGCUUUCUCAAGAAUGUGGAGAACAAAAAGGAGCUGUUCUCAUUCAUCAGCACACAGAUCUCGAAGAUUGAUAUGGACGGGAAGCUUCUCCUAAGUACACACUUCGAAACCGUGCUUGCCAAUAGAAAUUGUGACCUUACAACACUCCAGCCCUGCAACCAUUCCGAGGCAGACACCAGGAUCCUCCUGCAUCUGGCACAUGCCGUGCAACAGGGUCAUACAGCAGCCUAUGUUCGCACGGUGGACAGCGACGUCGUAGUAUUAACAGUCCGGUUUUUCGAUACGCUCGGCCUAUCGGAGCUCUGGGUUGGUUUCGGAACCGGAAAAAAGUACCGUGACAUUCCAGUCCAUGUCCUGCAUUCCAACCUUGGUCCAUCAAAAUCUCUCGCGCUACCCCUCUUCCACAGCUUAACUGGGUGCGACACAACUUCGCAGUUCCUUGGUUGUGGCAAAAAAACUGCCUGGGCAGCCUGGACCAGUUUACCGGACCUCACGGAUACAUUAGAAGCUCUCACGGAAGACCCCACCCUCUUCAGUAUUGAUUCUGUGCACAUGCAGCGGAUUGAACGUCUCUUCACCAAUGGAAGCAGAUCAUUGGAAAACCUCCCACCUACCCAAGCCGCUCUUUUCCAGCAUGUGAAACGAGCAUUAUUGCAGGCCAUUUUCUACUGGGAUAAGGCCACCUCCGUCCAGCAAGAAAUUCCCGACUUAUCUGAGUGGGGCUGGCAAAAAGAUGGAACCAGUACAUGGCAACCUUUAUGGACCACACUCACAAAUGCUUCAGUGGCAUGCGCCAUCCUAUUGCACUGCGCUUGCCUCAAGGCAUACCAAGGAAGGUGCAAAUGCAAACGAGCUGGUGUCAAAUGCACAGCCCUCUGCAAAUGUGAAGGCGGGUGCCUUAAUAACGAGGGCGGUGAUGACCAGUAA